CAUAGUUAAAGUUAGAGAGAGAAACAACUAGCUUAGCUUAGAGGGCCGUCAUUGGACAGCAACAAUAGCAAGAAAGAUUCUUUGCAUAAAGACACCCAAUAGAGCCAUAACACCCACCCAAAAGCAUAUGACACACUAUUUGCACAACAUAGACGGACUUGGACCAUAUAAAUAUACACCCAGCACAAACCAACUCUUACCAAAAAAAAAACAAACCCAAAAAAAAAAAAAACUUCUCCUCUUCUCCUCUCCUCUGUGCCAUCUCUCCAAUGGAGUGGACCAGAGGAUCCGUCAUCGGCCGCGGCGCCUCGGCCACCGUCUCUCUAGCUACCACCGUCUCCGGUGAUCUAUUCGCGGUCAAGUCCACUAACCUUUCUUGUUCGAGCUCCUUGCAAUUGGAAAAUCAUUUUCUUUCUCAACUAAACUCUCCUUACAUAGUUAAGUACAUGGGCUUCGACAUUACAUGCGAAAGCAACCAGCCCAUGUACAAUCUUUUCAUGGAGUACGCACCCGGCGGCACACUUUUCGAUGCAAUCAAGAGGCAUGGAGGCUCUCUGGAUGAACCCAUGAUCCGAUUUUAUACAAGUCAUGUAGUGCAAGGUUUGGAUUACCUUCAUUUGAAUGGAUUGGUUCAUUGUGACAUCAAGGGUCAAAAUAUUUUGAUUGGCAAAGAUGGUGCCAAGAUUGGUGAUUUGGGUUGUGCUAGGUUCGUGGAAGAUGGGGGUGUUGCUAAGGGGAUGUUUGCCGGUACACCGGUGUUUAUGGCGCCCGAGGUUGCUCGCGGCGAAGAACAGGGGUUCCCAGCUGAUGUAUGGGCUCUCGGGUGCACAAUUAUUGAGAUGGCUACAGGGUCUAACCCCUGGCCGGAGGUGAAUGAUCCGGUGUCGGCACUUUAUCGAAUUGGGUUUUCCGGCGACGUGCCGGAGUUUCCGAGGUGGUUGUCAGAGGAUGCAAAGGAUUUCUUGAGCAAGUGUUUGAAGAUAGAUUCGAAAGAAAGGUGGACUGCUAAACAACUUCUUCAACACCCAUUUCUACACGAUUUGGAAAUGAGUUCUGAGAAAUUAAGAGAAUUUAAUAAGAAUUCUCCGAUUGAUGUACUUGAUCAAUGCUUCUGGGAUUCUCUGGAGCUGUUGGAAGACUCGGAACCUCACCGGAAUCUUACCCACAUGGGUUCCUCUUCCAAUCUUCCUGCGGAGAGAAUCAGGCGUCUGAUUGGUGGUACUUCUUCAUUAGGUUCAAAUCUACCCAAUUGGAGUUGGGACGAAGAUUGGAUUACAGUCAGAAGCAAUCAGAUUGAGGAAAACAUCAAAUUUUCCGAGGAGAAUCGCAAUAUGAAUACAGAUGAUAGAGAGUUAAUGAAUACAGAAUUGUUCAUGUCUUCAAUUGUACUCGUAGAAGAGGUUGAUUAUUCAAUAGUUGUUGAGGAUUUGUUACUAGAAUGCUACAUUUUCAGGAUUAGUACUAUUGAUGGUCUUAGUGAUAGGAUAGAUUUUGUGAUGUCCUGUGAAAGUACUAAAACAUGUUUUUGUGUAAUGUCUUCUAAAUUUAGGAAAUUAAUGAAAUUUUAUUGUUCAUUUCAUGCUAUCGCUAAAAUAUGUUUUUGUAGGGGCAUGACUUUGGACAGAGUCAAGUCUAUCUAA